AUGGUCAAGCUUGACAUCAAUGAGACGUCGCAGUCGCUCGCCAUCUUUGGCGGGUACCUCGUUUUCUUCGGACUCGUGUCCUUCUACUUCAAGGAACGCCUCUACAUGUCUGAGGCGCUAAUGGCCUUCCUUGUAGGUAUCGCCUUUGGCCCCAUUGGGGCGGGCGUAUUCUCACCUAUCGACUGGGUACACGGCGACGAGCAUCAGCUCGACUACGUCACUUACCAGAUCUCGCGUAUCGUCAUGGGUCUCCAGGUCCUGUUUACCGGCCUCAACCUGCCGAUGAAGUACAUCUGGCGCCAGAAGCACAGUCUUUCAAUUCUCCUGCUCCCAGUGAUGACGACCGCGUGGUUCACCGUCGGUCUGCUGGUUUGGGGCCUCAUCCCGGGCAUGACGUUCUGCGAGGCCCUGGUCAUCGGUUCCUGCGUUACCCCGACAGACCCGGUACUAGCCAACUCCAUCUGCAAGGGCCGUUUUGCCGAGAAGUAUGUACCCCUCGGCGUCCGAAACAUUAUCCUGGCCGAGGCUGGUGCGAACGAUGGCUUGGGCUUCCCCUUCCUGUUCAUCCCCCUGCUCCUUAUCUUGCGGUACGAGCCCGGCAAUGUGGUCAGCACAGUCGGUGGCGCUAUUGGCCAGUGGUUCUACGACAUUGUGGUCUACCAGAUCAUCGUGUCAGUCGUACUUGGGAUCGUGAUCGGCUACGUCGCGCGCAAGGCUCUCCUCUACGCCGAGAAGCACCACUACAUUGAGCACGAGUCUUAUCUGGCCUUCUGCGUCGCCAUCACCUUCCUCACCCUCGGCAUCGUCGGGAUCCUCGGCUCGGACGACAUUCUGUCGUGCUUCGUCGUGGGCAAUGUCAUGAACUGGGACGACAGCUACCGAGAGGGUAGCGAGGGCCAGGCUUUCCAGGAAGUUAUCGACUGCCUGCUCAACAGUGGUAUUUUCCUCUUCAUCGGCGCCAUCAUGCCUUGGGACCAGUUUGGCAAUUUCUGGAGCAUUACUCCUUGGCGCCUUGUCGUCCUGGGCAUCUGUGUUAUGCUGGUCCGCCGCCUUCCUUGGGUUUGGAUGCUCGCCCUCUUCGCCGGCUACUUCGGCCCUAUCGGUGUCGGUGCGCUCUUCUACGCCCAGGUCGCCCUCCACUGGGUCCCUCACGACGCCCGUCCGCGCCUGUACGCUAUGGUGCUGCCCGUCGUCUACUUUAUCAUCAUGACCUCGAUCAUUGUCCACGGCAUCACGAUCCCGCUUGGCAUGCUUCUUCAGCGCUUGUUCGGCUUCGACCCCUCCAAGCUCUUUUCCGGCGGUCAUGCCGACUUGCUGGAUGCCAAGAGUCUCCGCGGGGUUCCUCCCGUCAGUGCCCUCCCUCAGCUCCCUAUCCACAGCAACACCUCGGCCCAAACCAUCGAGUGCACUGCCACCAAGGCCGUUGACGACUCGCUCCUCCAUGUGCCUGGCAAGCCCGGCUCAGUUAGCCAGAGCAACAUGAGCCACAUGGAGGGCAGUGAGACUACAUACGAACAGGACCACGUCCGCGGCUGGGGCCGUACCUCCAACGUCAGCGGGCGCAGCACGCCCGACCUCGGCCACCACGGCCAUGGUACGUGGCAUGUAUAA